AAUACAUACCAAACGUAAAUAUGAAUUAUUUCUUAUUGUUCGAUUUCAUUGAUAUGAAGGUUUAAAUGUGUUUUCUCAAUAACGUUGAUGACAUAAAAGUGAAUUCGUUCAGGUAGCUCUGUAAUAUUAACAAAAUAAUUAACACUUUGGACUAAAAGGCGAAUAAACGGAAUGGUUACAGUGACGGACAUUAGAUGAAAUGCCGAAGAUCAAAGUUAUAUCAUCUUUGGAAACAUCAGAGAAAGUUGUAAAAUCUCUUCUUUGUUUGGACAAACCUGUCAUUGGAGUGAACUGUAAAGGUGCUGAUUUAGGACCACAGGGUAGGAUAACGCAGGUAACAAUUAGUACCUGUUAUGAUGAUGUUUACAUCUUUGACGUUAGACGCCAACCUAACAUAAUUCUAGACGGAGCUAUAAUAAGACUUUUCCAAUCCCGAGAACUAGUGAAGGUCUUCCAUGAUUGCAAGGCAGACAGUUCUGCAUUAAAGAAAAUUUACGGUGUUGAUAUCAAUAAUUAUUUUGAUAUACAGUUAGCAUUUUCCACUAUAUUGGAACAACACGGCUUUCCACCAAGAAAAGUAUCAUUGUCGUAUCUUUGUGAUAGAUUUGAAAUUGAUAGAUUUACGGCAGAUCGUGCACAACAGAUGAAAAUGACCGACAUCAAUUAUUGGGCAUUAAGACCACUGACCAGUGAAAUGAUUGAUGUAUCUGCUGCUGAUGUGUUACCUUUAAUACCCGUGUACCACUGCCUGACACAGGAUUUAUCUCCAGAUAUGUUCAGUUGGUUUGAUUGUCAAAGUAUCGAUAGUAAAUUUAAUAACCCUAACAAUGCCAAGAGAUCAGUUCCAGUGUGUAAGAGAUUGAAGAAGAUAAAACAUCCAUGAAUUGUGUUAUGUUCAAAAUUUUGCAGACCUGUAGAUUUAGUGACAAAGAGACUCGAAUUGAAAUAUUUCGGACAGUUUUAUACUUUCUAUUUUCGGACCAACCACAGAUCAUAAGAACUACGUCAUCCAGACCCGAAGUGAAAUAUUUCGGACAGUUUUAUACUUUCUAUUUUCGGAACAACCAAAGAUCAUAAGAACUGCAUCAUCCAGACCCUAAGUAAAAUAUUUCUAUUUUCAGACCAAUCACUGAUUGAUCAUAAGAACUACAUCAUCCAGACCCGAAGUGAAAUAUUCGGACAGUUUUAUACUCUCUAUUUUCGGACCAAUCACAGAUCAUAAGAACAACGUCAUCCAUACCCGAAGUGAAAUACUUCAGACAGUUUUAGACUUUCUACAUAUUGGUAAUAAUCGCAAAUCAUAAGAACUACAUCAUCAAUCAAAACAUUUGACAAUCAGUUUUGUCAUUGUAUUUUUAAACUAGGAAACGGAACAUUAUGUGCUAUAGUUUAUUGUGCUUACUUUAAAAAGAAAAAUUGUUUUUAAUUUAUUUCCUUUUUGCAAUAAAUGUUGAAAAUAAAA